UCCUUGUUUUCAUUUCACUUAAAAUCACAUGACAGUCUCCUUUGUUUGUUUGUUUUAAACAAAAUAUAUGCAGCAAAAACUAGAGCAUUCUCCUCCUCUUGCUGCUGCUCACAUAUUCUACUUCUCCACACACACAGACAAAAUUGCUUCCUCUUUUUAGUUGUUUGUUUCUGCAGGAUUUCAUGGUCAUGGACCUGCAAAACCACCAAAGGUGAGCUCACAUUCCCCCACUCUCCAAACCCCAGAAAACCGUCAACUCUUUGAGAACCCAAUAAGUUUGUUACUUGCAUGUGCUGCUUCACCCAUUGGCUUAUUUUCCCAGUGCUUUUUUUUUGGGGGGUUUUCUUAGGAGGAUAACAAGGACCACAAACCCAACAAAAUCCUGCAUGUAAGUUCUUGUUUUUUUUUUUUGGGGGAGUUUUAGCCUAACAAUAUUCUCUUCUCCAAAACCCAAAACCCACUCUUUUAGACUCUGCAGUUGAUUUAAUGGAGCUGCAGAGUCCCCAAGCAAGUGCUUCUGAGAUGGACCCAGAACCAUUUAUGUUACUGCAAUGCUGCUUCUGAAGCUCUAGAGUGAGAAAGUGAUAGAGAGAGAAAGAAAGGUUUAAACUUUCUCACAUCCUUUUCUCUGCUGCACUAUUUUUCCAAAUGGGUUAUAUUUUCUUUGCUUCUCUACUAGUUUUUUCCCUGCUUUUGAAUCCAUUAGCUUCCCAACAGCCCAACACGGAUGGGUUCUUUGUCUCUGAGUUUUUGAAACAAUUGGGUUCUUUUUCUUCAUCUUCUUCUUCCAAUCUCUACAACUUUUCUGCACCUGUUUGCUCGUGGAAAGGAGUUUUCUGUGAAUCCAACAAUGUUAUCGGAUUUGAGGCUUCCGGUUUGGAGCUCUCCGGUCCGAUUCCGGACACAACCAUCGGAAAGCUCACAAAGCUCCAAUCUUUAAACCUUAGCAGCAACAAAAUCACCAGUCUGCCUUCGGAUUUGUGGAGCCUAGGUUCUCUCAAGCACCUUAUUCUCUCCAACAACCGGAUUUCCGGGUCGUUGCCUAACAACAUUGGCAACUUCGGUCUGCUCGAAACCCUCGACGUUUCCAACAACAAUUUCUCUGGUGAGAUUCCUGCAGAUAUAAGCUCACUUGCCAGUCUGCGAGUUCUUAAGCUCAAUGGAAAUUCGUUUGAGAAGAGCAUCCCAUCAGGAAUUUUGAGCUGUCAGUCUCUGGUUUGGAUUGACCUUUCGUCGAAUCGGUUAAACGGUUCUCUUCCAGAUGGAUUUGGUGCCGCAUUGCCUAAGCUCCAAGUAUUGAACCUUGCUGGGAAUGGGAUUCAAGGCCGGGACUCCGAUUUUUCGGAGAUGAAUUCCAUUACUUCUCUGAACAUUUCAGGGAAUGUGUUUCAGGGUUCAGUGAUGGGAGUGUUUAAGGAGCUGCUGGAGGUGGCAGACCUGAGCAGGAAUCGGUUUGAAGGCGACGUUUCAAAGGUACAAUUCAAUGCUAGCUACAAUUGGUCUCGUUUGGUUUAUUUAGAUUUGUCUGAGAAUCAGCUUGGUGGAGAAAUUUUACUUGAUUGGAUUCAAUCCCAGAAUCUCAAACACCUUAAUCUCGCCCACAAUAAUUUUACAAGGCAGAAAUUCCGGAGAAAUGUGAAAACUUUUUCGGGUUUGGAGUACCUGAACUUGUCGAAAACUAGUCUUACGGGUCGUAUUCCUGCUGAAAUUUCCCAGCUGAGUAACUUGAACACACUUGAUCUUUCUGAAAACCAUCUCAUAGGCAGAAUCCCAUUGCUGAGUUUGAGAAAUCUCCAAGUUUUUGAUGUUUCUGACAACAAUUUAAGCGGAGAGAUCCCUGCAUCGCUCUUGAGGAAACUCCCUUGGAUGGAGAGGUUCAACUUCUCUUACAAUAACUUGACACUUUGUGCUUCUGAAAUUUCCAACGCAACCCUCCAAGCAUCUUUCUUUGGUUCAACAAACAGCUGUCCCAUUGCAGCAAAACCGGACCUUUUUAGAGCACAAUCCAAUAAGGCUAGGCAGCAAAAGGGUCUAAAGCUUGCUUUGGUUUUGACCUUCUCAAUGGUAUGCUUGCUUGCUGGUUUGCUGUUUCUAGCAGUUGGUUGCAGAAGGAAAACCAGAAUGUGGGAGGUAAAACAAACCUCACACAAGGAAGAGCAAAACGUAUCAGGCCCCUUUUCCUUCCAGACCGAUUCAACAACAUGGGUUGCAGAUGUUAAGCAAGCAAAUUCAGUACCUGUAGUGAUUUUCGAGAAGCCAUUGUUGAAUUUCACAUUCUCAGACCUCUUAUCUGCAACUUCGAACUUUGAUCGAGGAAACCUUUUGGCUGAAGGGAAAUUCGGGCCUGUUUAUAGAGGAUUUCUACCGGGUGGAAUCCAUGUAGCGGUGAAAGUUUUGGUCCACGGUUCUACAAUGACAGACCAGGAAGCUGCAAGAGAGUUUGAGUAUCUCGGUCGAAUCAAACACCCUAAUCUUGUUCCAUUGACUGGAUAUUGCUUGGCCGGGGACCAAAGGAUUGCUAUCUAUGACUACAUGGAGAACGGGAAUCUACAGAAUUUGCUUCAUGACUUGCCACUCGGGGUACUGCAAACAACAGAGGAUUGGAGCACAGAUACUUGGGAACAGGAAGACAACAAUGACAUUCAAAAUGUUGGUUCUGAAGGGUUGUUAACAUCGUGGAGGUUCCGUCACAAGAUUGCACUUGGCACUGCCAGAGCACUGGCAUUUCUACACCACGGUUGCUCACCUCCGAUUAUUCAUAGAGACGUUAAAGCUAGUAGUGUCUAUCUGGAUUAUAACUUAGAGCCUAGAUUAUCUGAUUUUGGUCUGGCUAAGAUUUUCGGCAGUGGCCUAGAUGAAGAGAUCUCUCGAGGGUCACCAGGGUAUGUGCCACCGGAGUUUUCUCAGUCCGAGUAUGAUUCUCCAACUCCAAAAUCUGAUGUGUAUUGCUUUGGAGUUGUUCUUUUUGAGCUGAUUACUUCGAAGAAGCCAUAUGGCGAUGACUAUCCAGAGGAGAAAGAUGCAACCUUGGUGAGCUGGGUUAGAGGAUUGAUUAGAAAGAACAAAGGGUCGAGCGCUAUUGAUCCAAAAAUUCGUGACACAGGACCAGAUGACCAAAUGGAGGAGGCCCUGAAGAUUGGAUAUCUGUGCACAGCUGACCUUCCCUCAAAGCGACCAAGCAUGCAUCAGAUUGUCGGACUUCUUAAGGAUAUCGAGCAAACAGGUAUCUAAUGAAGAACAAAUUGAGCUGAAAAAAGGAAUAUGUGAGUGUUUUUGGUUUAGCUUUUGUUUUCCUACUUAUUAGCUUGUUCUUGUUGGCUGUUAUAGUCGGUUCUUCUUUUCCGCCUUGAGAAAUUGUACAGUAGCCAUGGAAAUUCUGUUUGGAAUUUUCAUGUCGUGCACUCGCUCUUUCCUUUCGUUUCUCAUUGCUGGUGACAUGAAAUGGAAGUUUAAUAUAUAUUGUAUACAAAGGAGUUUGAUUUGUUCAGAUGUUGCAGUACCCUUAUCAGAAUUUCGUAACUUGGUUACC